UUUGUAGUCACUGUUGGCAACAAUAAAAACAAAUCAAGCCGAAUAACUCCAAUUAAAUAUUUCCGAACAACUUUUUACCACAUUAUCACACUUUUUGUAAUAAUAAUAACAAGUUGAUUGUGUACUAGUUACGUUAUUUUAUGUAAAUAGUCUACAUAAACAUCGCAACAGUAACGUAAUCUUUGCGUGGUUGGUAUCGUGAGCCGCUCUCAUAACCUCUCAUUUUGCGACAACAAAAAGGAUUUUUGUGCAGAUGGCAAACGCGAACACCGAUUUAACGGAGGAGGACGCCGCUGAUUUGCAGUUCCCGAAAGAAUGUGGCCCCCCUGCGUUUUACUCUAGUGACUCAGAUAGUGUUUGUUCGAGUUGUUCGUGCGAUUUAGUCGCCCCUUACAUUUAUUGCGCUUUGUGUAAAGUGAAUAUUUGUACGUUGUGUUUUUCAAAAGGUGCGGAAUUCGGGGGGCACAAGAACGAUCACGAUUAUCACAUAAUCCGAGACGAUUUUCCGGUUUGGGGGAACACGGAUUGGACGGCCCGCGAGGAGGUUGUGUUGCUCGAGUCGUUGCAGAAAUACGGGAAUUGGAAUUUGGUGGCAAAAGAGUUGCCCCAUAGGAGUGUGAGGGAGAUUAGGGCUCAUUACGAUUGGUUUUAUUUAGACCGAAAGGGGGCGAGUGAGUUGCCCGAAGUGAGGAGUCCUGACUUGCUUUACGAGACUGUGGUGCCGUACAGACACCGGAUCAGCGACACCGAUGAGCCCCCUCGCUACUCGCCCAACACAGUGGGGUACAAAUCCCUGGCCGGGUAUAACCCCGCGCGGUCUGAUUUCGAAUGCGAGUUCGAUUCCUCAGCCGAAGACUUACUCUCGAACCUGAAACCGGUCGAUAAGGACGACCCCCAUUUCGAUUUAAUCACAAAUCUGCAAUGUUCGAUUAUCCGGAGUUACAACCGGCGGUUAGUGGAGCGCCAAAGGUGGAAAAAAAUCAUAAGAGACCAUGGAUUAAUCAUUCUACGGAAAGUUAACGCGUGGCUACACCGCUAUGACGUCACAAUUACUCGCCCUGUGUACGAAAAACUGAUCAGGUUUAUGCAAUUUUGCACCCCUGUCCAGUUCGAGAUACUGAUGGAGGGGCUGCACCACAGCGGCGAACUCAAAAUCCAAAUUAUGAGAUUGUGCGAAUUACGUCAACACGGAAUUACAUCCCUCGCCGACGCUCGACUCUACCUGAAACUGAAAGAAGUGCACGAGAAAUGCGAGAACGAACUGAAGACACUGCACGCCAGUGCUCAGUUCAACUGGAAGCUGAACAACCGGAGUUUUCCGGUGGAAACCCCGAGGAAAAAGUCCGGGUUUACUCCGAUUGAAAUUAUCGGGAUGCCGGGCUACGAAAAACUGACUCCGUCUGAAAGGGAGUUGUGCCGGACUGUGAGACUAGUACCGAUCACUUAUCUCGAACUCAAAGACAUUCUUAUCGCCGAAAAUAAGAAAAUGGGGUCGAUUAAGUUGAAAACAGCGAGGAAAAUACUCAAAAUUGAUGUUAAUAAGACUAGGCGUUUGUACGAUUUUUUGGUGCAAGAGGGAUAUAUUGUCAAACCUGUGUCUUGAAAAAUAUAGUCUUGGUUGUGAA